CUUCAAUCUAUUUAAUUUUAUCACUAUCAAGCCCUACUGCCUUUAUCACGGAAAUGCGGGGGAUAAACGAAUCGUCAUAUGUGGGGUUUAUGACUCCUUCCGAUCCUCUGAUCGGCUAUAUUUUCUACCGGGCAUAUCUCUACAUCAACCUCUACCCACGCAAACACUAAACCAAACAUACUACGAAAAGCUACAAUCCUAUCCGAAGGACCUCACCUGCCAUCACAAUCACCGCAAAAAUGGCGCAACCCAAACUCGCAAUCCUAGACGACUAUCAGAACAUCUCCCCACCCCACUUCGCCCACCUUGAAUCCCGCAUCUCAAUCUCCUAUUUCCCGGAAACGCUCGAUCCCCGCGAUGAACGCCAACGUGCGCUCCUGAUCGAGCGCCUCCAGCCCUUUGAUGUGAUUCUUGCCAUGCGCGAACGUACUCCGUUCUCCAAGGAAACGCUCGCCGCGCUCCCGAACUUGAAACUUCUCCUGACCACGGGCACUCGCAAUCUCGCCCUGGACGUGCAAUACUGUGCUUCGCGCGGAAUUCCCGUCGCUGGAACGUCAAGCCGAUCAGGGGGGGUCCAUUCUACGGUGCAACAUACCUGGGCUUUGAUUCUAGGGUUGGCGCGUCAUGUUGCGCGGGAUGAUGCAGCUAUUAAGCGGGGAGAAUGGCAGGGGUCGCUUGGAAUGACGCUUGCGGGGAAGACAUUAGGAUUACUGGGACUGGGCAAGUUAGGCUCGCAGGUUGGGCGGAUAGCGGUUGUGGCUUUUGAUAUGAAGGUGAUUGCGUGGUCUACGAAUCUGACGCAGGAAAAGGCGGACGAACAGGCUGCGGCACAGGGGCUGCCGGCGGGUAGUUUUCAAGCUGUUCGGGACAAGGCUGAGUUUUUCCGCAGCGCGGAUGUGGUGAGUCUUCAUAGUGUACUGUCGGAGCGGAGUCGGGGCAUCGUCGGUGCUGCGGAAUUUGGGGUGAUGAAGCCGACGGCGAUCCUGGUGAAUACGUCGCGGGGUCCGUUGGUGGAGGAGAAGGCGCUGUUGGAGACGUUGAAUGCGGGACGCAUCCGUGGGGCGGCCCUGGAUGUUUUCGAACCCGAGCCUCUGCCCAAGGAUAGCCCCUGGCGGACCACGGCGUGGGGUCAAGACGGACGGAGUGAGGUGGUGUUGUCACCGCAUAUGGGAUAUGGAGAUGAACAGAUUCACGGGUGGUAUGAUGAGGUGGCUCGUAACGUCGAGAGGUGGUUGAAUGGAGAGGAAUUGAACACACGGAUGAAUUGAAAGGGGGGAAUCAACAUUUUGUCGCGGAAGAUCCAGGAUGGUAUGUGGGACAAUUGAAGUGGCUAAGAGGCCAAGUUGCAUACGAUGUACAUAAGUGUGAUGCAUGUGAUCCGGAGGAGUACCCUUUUUGGUUAAGGUGUGCUUCACCGAGACCCAAUCUGUCCUUAGAGGUAUUUUUUCUGCUGUGCAAAUGAAGCUUAAUUAAAAGACUCGUUCUGUCGUAUUCUGGGUUUCAACUUUCAUGUGGAUUUCGUCAUAGUGGGGGGAUCUCCGUGGACCAAGAAUCGAAAACUGUUUUCUGUACCUCGGAUCCUGUGCCAGCGCAAAACCGUCAGAUCCUCGUUCGAGAGAACUGAAUAAGGCAUACAGG